UUGUUUUUUACGUAAUAUGUGUAGAAAGCUUACCUUUGUACUGAGCUAGUUCGAUACGGCAGCGGCGAGGCUGAGUAGUUGGUGUUUGUACUCAAUUCUGAGGAUUUGCCGUGGCUUUGGCUUACUCUUGUAUUGAGACGAACACCAAAGCUGAAAGCAAGACUCAAAUGACUUGGUUUAAGAGGAAGGAAAUAUGAAUUGUCUGCAUUUGACCCACACUUUUCUGGGAACUCCAACAGCCUGCACAAAGUUCCAAAAAGAAUACGAUUUGCUGAUGGACAGUGGCAUAGACUCAGAAUAUCGCUGUCCUUUGAUUCCUGUCACAGACAAUAAAACUGACCACAGUUGUCUGAAAGAAGUAGCGCUGAACUUCUACCUGGAAGAUGGCAGACACCACCAUAUGGUAGUGGAGGAGGGCUUGCGGGCCAGUGAUCUUUGCAGCUUACUAACUUUGAAAUUUAAUCUUGUUCGUUCCAAUACGUGGACAAUUGUGGAACAGUUCCGGGAUCUCGAAAUUGAGAGAGCUUUAGAGGAUCAUGAAGAAGUCUUUCAGAUGUAUACGGCAUCAUGGAAUCUUAGUUCCUGUGACAGGAGAUUUAUUGUAAGGCAGGACUUCCACAAGUAUCAGUUCUUCCAGAACCCUGAGAGCUUCUAUCCACUGGAACUAGUAGACCUUGAAUCGCAGCUGGACUGCCCAGCAAAGUCUACAGUUGUUACAAAGAUAAUUGUCAUACAGAAUAUGCUUCACUUAGGAAACAGCAUGCCAGUUGUGCAGAGUUUUCUAUGGUUCAAAGAUUCCACUCUAAACUCUUGGAGAAAGUAUUUUUUUAGAAUUGAAGAUAAUAUUUUGAGUUUUUCCCUCAUCCCUGGGAGAAAGGAUCCCAAGCAGAUGCGUUCACUUUUAGACCUAAGAAACUGUGAUAUUUUUAUGCCAAUUGAAGGGAAAUCUAAUGGAUCUACAACUAAUUUUUCUUUCUGUCUCAAGCCAAGAAGUCUGGAAAGAUCAAUCACUGAUCUAAAAUGGUUUUGUUGUGGAACUGAAAAGGGUCGAAAGUGCUGGAUUGUGGCCUUAAGAUUAGCAAAGUUUGGGAAGAGGUUACGAGAAAACUACAGUGAAACCAAGUCAAGGAGGUACAGUGUUGACAAUUCACCGUUGUACUUAAACAUAGGAGAACAUCAUGGUAUCACAUUUGAUUCUCUCUCCUGUAAACAAAUUCAAGUAGCAAUGGACUUCAGAAGAAAGUCUGGUCAUGUAGUCCAAAACUCAGUAGAACUCAAAGCAGUAGCUGCUGUAGAAACAAAAAACAGGAAGCAAGAAGCCUCAAUUGUUCAAGCUGUACAGCCUCCAAUUCAACCAACUUUGGAGUUUGGUGUCCCCAACCUACAACCAUGGUUUUAUAGUGGUAUGACAAGAGAAGUAGCAACUCAAUUGUUAACAAAAUAUAGAACAGUGGAUGGAGUAUUCCUGGUGCGAGAAAGUCACCAAAACCCUGGCAGAUUUGUCCUCUCCUAUGUUUUCAAUCAGAAAAUGCAUCAUACUGAAAUCUAUCCAAUGGAGGAAAAAAAUCAACUAUGUUACACACUGGAUGGUGGAAAAACCAAGUUUUAUGAUCUUCUGCAGUUGGUUGAGUUCUACCAGCUCAACCUUGGCUGCUUGCCAACAAAACUUAAGCACUUCUUUGUCCAUAAGCCAAAAAGAAAACAAUCUCCAUUCUGAAGAGAACAUUAUAAAGCCUGAAUUUUCUGUAUGUGUGUUAUAAUUAUUUGAAGUAAGACGAGUAUUUUAAUAACACAUCAGACUUAUUUCAUGGUAUGAUACAGCAUUCAAUGAUCAAGUGAGCACAUUUUGUGCUACUGUUUUAAAACUGUUGACAGGAAGUUGAUUGUGCCAUCUGUGAUUCUUUUGUGCUAAGAGAUCUGUAUGUAAAGAACAGAAGAAUGUGUUUAAAGUAAUAGCGUAUUCCAAAAGUUAUUUAUUGAUUUAUUGUUCUGAGAACAAAUUUUAGUUCUUCUUUUAUGGCAACAUGAAAGUCAAAGUUUUUCAUAUAUCGUUGCCUUUUUAGAGGUUAUAUCAGCUACUUACUAUUUAACCAGUAGUAAAUCACAAUGCUGGUCAAAUCAUUGGAGAAACAUUAAAAGUAUUAAUAAAGGAAAAGUUAAAUAAUGAUAUUUUAGAUGUUACCUAGUGCUGGCCGUUCUAGAUCAUUUAACAAGUUAUUUAGUUAUAUAUUCAUUAUUCAGUCAGCACUUUUUCCUAAGUACAUUGUUCAACAAAGAUUGUGGUGGCUGUAAAUUUACUUGAUUUGAAAAGAUGUAAAAAGAUGUGCACUUAAUAGUAAAGAAAUCAGAUUGUUUAGUAAAAAAAAAUUCAAUUUUAACAAAACCCCAGACAUUCAGCUUCAUAAAUAAACUUUUAAAUACUGCAAUUAGUGGCAACAUAUGCUUAAUUUUUUCGUAGUGCUACCUCACAUCCCUACAGUAAUGAACAAAGGUAACUGUAUAUGCCUAGUUUCCAUGUUGCUUUUUAUAAUGCUAUAAUAAGCGUGUUUUCAACAAAUUUCUUAUAUAUCAUUGAAUUUAUAUAAAGAUUAGCUAGCCAUCUGUUACCUCUUAUAUGUUUCAAUUCAACUGUAAGUAACAUUAGUCAGUACUAUCAGUUCUCCUGCUAAAAUUUCACAAAAGUUAGCGUAAUAAAAUUAUGAAAUUGAAAUAAAAUUACAGUAAAUAUAUUUAGAAUUAUUAAGAGAAAGCUGGAAUUUUGAAUUACUUGGUAGUUAUUUGUUUAUUUAAAAAAUGACAAAUUUAUCUAAAAGUUGACUGAAAGCAGAAAAAUUUAAUUUGAAAAGUGGAUGCUUCAGAAAAAACAAAAUGUUAUCAUCAAGAUCGUGUUAACUCUUUAUGGUCUUCUUUAUGAUAAUACAUUUUAAACAUAUAUAAAAGACAAACUGUAGAAAUUAUAUAUUUUUACUUAUAACAAGAUUAGGGCUUUUUUAAGUUGAAGCAAUAUUGAGAAAAAAUUAUACAAUACUGUAUAAGUUAUGAAGCGUGUGAAACAGUUUUUAUUUUUUGGGCUAAAACGGGCCAAUGUCUAAUGUUGUCAAAGUGGACAAUUGUUGUUGGAAUAGGUUGAGUGAGUCCUUUUCUAUUUGUUUUGAUAAAUGGUGGCACUACGACAUUCUCAUAUUCUUUCACCACUAUAGUUUUUUAGCUGUUACCUAGUGCUGGCUGUACUAGGUUAUUUAACAUGUUAUUCAGUUAUAUAUUGAUCAUUUAAUAUGAGAUUCUCUGUUUACUAGCAGACCAACUUAAAUUGAAUCAAUACUCACAAACACACACACAUAUGUGUAACUUCAUAUGCAACUCAAAUAUGACUUGAAGAAAGAAAUCAGUUUGAAUGGUAAGUUUAUGCUUGUGGUUGAGUCAGACAGAAAUUAAAUUAGGUAAUGGAAAUUCAACUGAUAAGACAAAACAUGAUCAGUUUUAGUGUCAUUGCUCCAACAGAAAUGAAUACAAACUAAUAACUUUUAUGAAACAUGCCAAAAAAGUAUUCCAAUCCAUUUUUAUCAUUACUAAACUUUGUUCACUUGAUUUUAUUGUAUUGCAAAAAGAUUUGUUUGGUCCACUGUGGUUUCAAUGACUCAGUCUUCAAUAUAGAUCUAAAGUAAUUUAUUUGUUCUUUUACUUAGUUACUAUAGGCAAAGUACCAUGCCAUUUAGUUUCUGUAAGUGUACUUGCUAGAGCUGUUUUCCCAAAUUAGAGGAUGCUUCAUUAGAUGAUGACCUGGAGUUGAAGACUGGCCUUCACAAUUUCCAGAUGUGUCAAAACUGCACUGCCAUCUUUAGAUGAGUCAGAAUCAUUAAUCACAAAACAUAAACUGAUGAGAUAUGUAUAUGUAUAUAUAUAGACUUCUCCUAGUUAUAUACCUUUUAACAGUGGAUGUUGCUGUGAACAAGGCCAUCCUUGGUUGAAAUAGACUAACUGAAUCUUUGUAAUAAACCUAAAGAGUGAAUAUAUUAACUUUUUUUUUCUAUGUGUAAAGAAUCAUAAAUAGUAAUUAGUUAUAAUUUUAAAACUAUUAAUAAUUACCCAAUACUUGAUGAUCAUCAAGUCACGCAUAGUUUCAUCAUUAGAUGAAUUGUUAACAAUCUGAUUCAUCACAACAAUCGGGAAGGGAAACACCACCAUCUCCUUUAGGCUUUUCACCAUGAAAUAAGUUUAUAUUCAUAUUCAACGGUGAAACCUAAUACUGCUAAAAACACUGUUUUAAUGGCUUUUAAAAGAAAGUUGUGCAUAUUUUACUAUAUUUGCCCAUUGUUUCUUACAAGGCAAUGUAAUAGCAAGUGAAUAGGAAUGUCUGCACCAAACAUGAGGCUUUUAAAUCUUUGUUUGAAUAGAUUUUUUGUCUGCUGCAUGUGAGCUAGCCAACUUCUUUUCAUUUCUCCUUAUUGAUUGGAUUUUAGGACAAGUGAAGUCUUUUAACCUUAUUAAAAAAUAGGACAUACAUCAUUGUUUACUUUAAUGUUUUCUAAUAUACAUUUAAAGAGUGAGAGUUGAAAAAUAUAUCUUUUAAUAGUUGUUUUUUUAAAUAACAUACAAUGUCCUGCUAAGCAGAAAUAUUCAAACUCACAAAACAGUUGCAGGUUAUAAUGCAUGUAUUAAAAGACAAUUUUUAAUUAUUUGUCUUAGGACUAGUUUUACUUUAGGAGAUGUCAGGGUUAAGAGCUGUAGUGAUUAAAUGUACUUAUCUGUUUUUGCCACUAGAUUAAGUUUUACAGAAUUAUCUGGAAUGAUUGUUAUUAGAGUAUUUGCUAACAUGUGUUUUUUUUGAGUACGGUAUUACAUUGAGAGUUGUAUCUGAAAAUACAUUCUGGAUAUAUUUUAAGAAUUUUGUAACCUAAAACUAACAUUUUAAACAAAAUUCACAAUAACUUAACUCAUUAUAUAUAUAUAUAUGCCUGUGAUACCUUUGAACAGAUAUUUUAACUAAGGUAAAGGAAGAGAUAUUUGAACUAAGGUAAAGGAAUACAUAUUUGAACUAAGGUAAAGGAACAGAUAUUUGAACUAAGAUAAAGGAACAGAUAUUUGAACUAAGAUAAAGGAAUAGAUAUUUGAUCUAAGGUAAAGGAACAGAUAUUUGAACUAAGUUAAAAGAACAGCUAUUUGAACUAAGUUAAAGGGACAGAUAUUUGAACUAAGGUAAAGGAACAGAUAUUUGAACUAAGGUAAAGGAACAGAUAUUUGAACUAAGGUGAAGGAAGAGAUAUUUGAACUAAGGUGAAGGAAGAGAUAUUUGAACUAAGGUAAAGAAAGAGAUAUUUGAACUAAAGUAAAGGAACAGAUAUUUGAACUAAGGUAAAGGAACAGAUAUUUGAACUAAGGUAAAGGAAUAGAUAUUUGAACUAAGGUGAAGGAAUAGAUAUUUGAACUAAGUUAAAGGAACAGAUAUUUGAACUAAGUUAAAGGAACAGAUAUUUGAACUAAGGUAAAGGAACAGAUAUUUGAACUAAGUUAAAGGAACAGAUAUUUGAACUAAGUUAAAGGAACAGAUAUUUGAACUAAGGUAAAGAAACAGAUAUUUGAACUAAGGUGAAGGAACAGAUAUUUGUUUUACUUAAUAUUUUUUCUAUUUAUUAUAUGUAUUUAUUUUACAUCAACAUCUUGGUUCACUAGAGGACAAUCAACUCACAGAAAUUUAUGAAGAUAAAUUAAAUGUAUGAUUUAUUUUACUGUGUUAAUAAGUUAUGGUUCUGCUCUGCAUAGGAAUAUUUUACUCUGCUUCCAUAAUUCAGUUCUUGUCGUUACACUUGCACAAAACUUUUGUAAACUCUUUCUUCAUAUUUGGACUCUUUCAUUUAUAUAAAGAAUGAAAAUUUAAAAGUUGAUUGUACUAGUUUUCUUGAACUUUUAAUGGCACUAAUAAUGUGUUUUGUGAAAUAUCUUACACCAGUACAUCAUUGUUCAGAUUAUUUAAGCUAAGUUCUAUUAGCUCAUAUUUAGAACAUUUAUGUAGUUUUUCAUAAUUCAACGUUUAAGCAAAUACUGCAUCAAAAGCUCCUGAAAACUAGAAUUUUUUCAAAUAAACCCUGCUCUUUUUUUUACAUCUGGAAAAAUCAUACAGGUGAAAAUUCUUCAGUAAACUUAAAUCAUUUCACCAUAAUAUGAUUUGCUCAUUUUAUUAGCAUUUAAUUUUAUAGGCCUUAUGUAAGUAGUGAUUAAUAAUUAAUAUGUAAGAUACUUCAAACAUAUAUGUAUGUAUUUGUUUGUAUAUUCUUGAAAUGCAAAGCUUAUAAUUUAGCAACUUUGUUUUUCUUUGUUUCUUUAGCUAGAAUUCACACAUAAAAGAUAUUAGGUUAUUGUUACUUGGUCUCCUUAUAAAAUCUAUUAACUUUUAAAAUUCUUGUAUGUAAUUACUAAGAAAAUAAAACAGUCAAUUUGAGUACAUCAUAUUUCAAUCAUACAGUACUCAUCAAGCUGUUUUGUUCAUCAUAAGUCAUGAACUGCCAAAUAAAAUGAUAAUAACAGUACAUUUUGCAUUCUACUAUGCAGAUGUGGUCAAAUUGAAUGAUAUACUGUAAAUAUUUAAAUUUUCUUUUAAACAUGUUGGGCAUGUAUACAGUAAAUUUUUAGUGACAAUUGACGAAAGUAUUUUACAAUCAAUAAAUUGCACAAAAAA